AAGUGGGCGGGGCUUUUGGAUCAUAUGAUAAGAAUUGCUGCAAUGUGGUUACGAUCCGCAGUGUUGCUGGGUGUUUUAGGGACCAGGGGCAUCGUGAGAACCAUGUGUGCUCAGGGGGAAGACUGGAAAAAGGCAGCCUCCAUCUAUGAGUUUUCUGCCAAAGACAUUGAUGGGAAUGAGGUGCACCUGGAGAAAUACAGGGGUAAUGUCUGCAUCAUUGUAAACGUCGCCUCUAAAUGAGGUCUGACCAGCGUAAACUACACUCAGCUAACUGCAAUGCACACCGAGUAUGCUGACAAAGGUUUACGCAUCCUUGCAUUCCCAUGCAACCAGUUUGGCUCCCAGGAGCCUGGAACAGAAGCGGAGAUUAAAGAGUUUGCUAAGGGUUACGACGCUGAGUUUGAUUUAUUCAGUAAGAUAGAUGUCAACGGUGAUGGCGCUCACCCCCUGUGGAAGUGGAUGAAAGAACAGCGUCAUGGGAAAGGAAUGCUGGGAAAUUUCAUCAAAUGGAACUUCACAAAGUUUCUGAUUGACAAGAAUGGACAGGUGGUGAAGAGAUACGGCCCCAAGGAUGAGCCAUUUGGGAUAAAGAAGGACUUGCCACAAUACCUGUAAUUCCUCUGCCAUCUCUCCAUGUGUUCCUGUGACUCCGGACCUCUCGCGUGGACCGAGGUCUUGCUGUGUAUUUUCCCUGGACCAGUGACGGCUCUGCCUGCAAACCCAUCACCGGGAAAGGCGGAGCCUGAUGACUUUUGGUGUGCAACUUAACUCCAGGGCUAAUUCACGGCAGACCUCAUCAAACCAAGCGAGAGAUGUUCCUCACUUAGUCACCAUAGAAACGCUCCCAUCAUACUUUAGAGUCUAGCAGUCAUUCUGUUUUCUAACACAUGUUAAAGUAAAGCAUCUGUAGAAUUUUAGGAUUUUCAGCACAUUUGUCAAAAGCUAUUUAUGACAUGUAGUAUGUAUGAAACAAUAAAGCAUUUUUGCUUCAGCUUCA